AAAUAAAAGGAAAUUGAUUCCUGCUUCGUUUAGGAUUGUACACAAGCGCUAGCUUGAUUGCUACAAAUUUGAGAAGGAAGGAGGAUUGAUAAUGUAAUUUACAAUGAACAUCAGAACAGCAGGGUGUUUGUUCUUCAGGUCUCAGUGUAUAACUCGUGGUAUCCUGACCAGUGCUCAACACCGCGCUGACCAAACACCGCUGGAGAUUACUGAGAAAACUAAAUUUAUCCCAGCACCAACAUCUAAAUAUGAUUGGAUUGGGCCACCAGACAGACUGUCAAACCUGCGGCCGAUCAUAUACCACAUCCCCGAGAACGAGACUCAGCUAGAGAGGAAACUCAGACAUCUGAGGCAGGACACAGAGGACUGGAACCAUGACUUCUGGACGAGGCAAAAUAUCACGUUUAGAAAGGAGAAAGAGGAAUACAUACAGUCACAGCUGAAGGCAAAAGGACUGUCAGAAAGAGAUGAGAAUGGAAGAAAAAGGAAUUUAACUAGUGAGGAAAUGGCAGCCUUCUACAAACACUUUUUGGACGAAAACUAUGAGAAACACGCAGCCUAUAACAAAGAAUGGUACCAACGGAACUUCACCAUUACAACACUGAUGGCCAAAGUAACUCUGCAUAAUUUCUGGAGGACACUCACUGGUCAAGCAAGGAGUAAAAGCAAACCCACAACAAUGUCCUGAUAAAGACUUUCCUGUGUUUCCUGCGUCCAUGCUGUUCAGUUUAACAUCAUGAAAUUCCACAAAGAUUUCAUUAGCGCUGAUCACAAUGGCAAUAUGUCAGAAUGUAUAUGUAAAAAUCAUCAUAGUUUUCCUAUACUAUAUUAAUUUAACUGCAUGUAACUUAGAUGCAUAAAGUAUUCUAUACUAAAAAAAUACAUAACCA